AUGGGCCGGAAGCUGGACCUGUCGGGCCUAACGGACGACGAGGCGGAGCACGUCCUGAAAGUGGUCCAGCGGGACAUGAAGCUGCGAAAAAAGGAGGAGGAGAGGCUGAGCGAGAUGAAGCAGGAGCUGGCGGAGGAAGGCAGCAGAUGCUCCAUCCUCUCCAAGCAGCACCGCUUCAACGAGCACUGCUGCAUCCGCUGCUGCGCGCCCUUCACCUUCCUGCUCAACCCCAAGCGCCAGUGCCUGGACUGCCAGUACAACGUCUGCAAGACCUGCUGCACCUACAGCAAGAGGGACAAAGCCUGGCUGUGUUCGGCGUGCCAGAAGGGCAGGAUUUUGAGGACUCAGUCGCUCGAAUGGUAUUAUAACAAUGUGAAGAGCCGCUUCAAGAGGUUCGGCAGCGCCAAGGUUCUGAAGACUCUGUACAGAAAGCACAUUAUCGAGAGAGGAGCACUCUCUGAUCUCCCAGAAAGCAGCGUUCACGAGGGAAGCACCGGCAAUGACAAUGAUGGCAGCGUCUGCGGCAGCGACUCCGUCUUCUACAAGCAGAGCGAAGGUCACAGUAUGGCAGAGACGCUCACUGUCGCCCUGCGUGUUGCUGAGGAGGCUAUAGAGGAGGCCAUCGCUAAGGCAGAGGAGUUCAGUGACAGCUUGGAGAAGCAGAAUGAGGCUCGAUAUCUGCGGGACCACAAAGAGGAGCUCAUAGAGGAACUUGCCACAACCAUCGUACAAAAAAUCAUUCAGAGGAGGAAGCGCUCAGAGAUGCAGACAGAGUAUGACUUUGUCUGGCCUCAGCCUCAGUCUCUGAUCCAGCCCAGUGAACUGUCCUCUCCUUCUCAGCCUCACGCUUCCUCACAAGGACCACAAGACCCCCUCAAGACCUCCUACUCUCUCUGGCGAUCACGAUCAGCGUUCUCCCUCACCAGUGACGACUCCCCAGAAAAGGCUCCAGAGGAGGAAAGUGCCAGAGCAGACGGCAGCGGCUUGCAGGAGUGCACUUCCCUGAAGAGGGAGGCCAAGGCCACGUCUUUACCCAGCUGGAAGAGCAUGGAUCGCCUGGACAACUCGAGUGCGUCCUCCGUGCUGCAGAGCCCGGACGGUAACUGGAUUGCUCUGCACAGUUCUCAGCUGUCUCGGCCCAGCCUGCUCACCAAGAGGAAGAGCCUGGUGUUCAGCGUGUUGGAAAAGGAGUCCGGCGUUGUCUCCGCGUACGACGAGAUGGGAUCUGACUCCGAGGAGGACGAUGAAGGCGGCUGGGGUGCGGCGCUGAGACAGUUCCGGCGCAAACUGUCAGACGAGACUUACUACACGGACUCGCAGCACGACCCCGAGUGGACUUACACCCAGCACCUCCCCGUCACCUCCCCGUCCUCGGGCCAGUACACCAACACCGAGACUCUCAACUCGGACUCCGAGGCCUCGUCAGUGUUGUCCGCUUGUCCUCGCAAACCGCCUCACAACCUGAUGAGGAAGAAAGGGCCGCCAGAUACGCACCUGCACCCUCAUCAUCAGCCGCUCUACCACCAACACCUUCACCAGAACUUCUCUCCGUAUCCAGUCCACUCCGAGGCGCUGGAUGUGAACUUUAACCCCAAGGUGAUGGGAGACAGCAGCGAGGCCGAGGAGAAGCAGAGUGACCCCAUCAGAAGAUCGCGGCGACGCAGGAAAAGCAAGAGAGAGUCGUCCACAGAGCAGAGCAGGCCUGGAAGCCAGAGCCAUACACAGUCCAUCUACCCCUUAGUACAGGAAAACAGUGGUUUUCUACUCAACAACCUGCUGAAGAGAGGCUUAAGUGAGGAUCAGACAGUAUCUGACACCGUGCCAGUGGCCACAGCUGCACCAGACGCCUUCAAAUUAGAUGCCAUGACACCUGAGCCAGAGGACUUGGACACGGUGGCUCCGAAUUCGCCCGCCCCCGGCCCUCCUCUGCCCCACUCUUUGGCUCCGGGACCCCAGCUCUCUUCCAACAGCUCGGGGCCUAGAGCCGGCUCCGGAGACCCGCUGGAAGAGGAGAUACGAUCCAGGCUUAGUCAGCUGGUCAGCCGUGCCAACAGCAAAGACAACAGCUCAUCUGAAGAUGAGAGCACACAGUGGCCUGCGGACAAGCAGACGGAACAAGAAAGCGACAGACAGAGAGAGAAAUCAAGGCCGAAAGACACAGAAAGGCAGCGGGCAAGUGACAAAUUAAGUGAGAAAGCAAGUGAAGCAGUGGAACAAGUGAACGGACAAGAGAUGAAAAGGAGCGAGAGACUAAUAAAGAGUGCUUCAGUGAGGGAAGAAGUUAGAGUCAGGGAGAGGAGGUUGGAGAAACGAGGCGAGAGUCUGAAAGAGAAAGUAGAUGAUCAGGAACAAAAGAGAGGGGACAAAAGAGAGCCGAACAGACAAAGUAAGAGGCAACAUAAAAGAGACGUGGAGAAGGAAGCGGGGCUGAAAGCAGCAGCAGCGAGGAGGAGUGGAUCCAGUGCGAGCUCGCCUGCUGUUACGCCUUCUUCCCAGGAGGGGGCGCUGUCAAACAACCAGAAAUACUCGGCAGCCUCACUCUGCAGCAUCACCACAGAGGUGCUGAAGGUCUUGAACGCUACAGAGGAGCUGAUUGGUGAGGCGGGAGGUGAGAGCUACACCCCUUCUGAGUCCAUGAGCGCUUCUCCCAUCUCCAGCUGCUCCGAGACCCGCAGGCUGGACCAGAGGCUCACCAAGAUGGAGGAGAAUGUGUACCUGGCUGCUGGAGCCGUGUAUGGCCUUGAGGGGGCACUGGGGGACCUGGAGCAGUGUGCUCGUGGUAUUAGCAGUGGGACCACAGACACAGAGCUGGCCUUUCUGGAAGACCAAGUGGCUACUGCAGCCGCUCAGGUCCAGCAGUCUGAACUACAGAUAUCAAACAUUGAGGCCAGGAUAUCAGCUCUGAAAACAGCUGGGUUAAACGUGACUGUCUGCAAUCACUUCUCCAAGUUCAAGCCAAAGUCUAAGCCUCAAACACUGGACUCAUCGCGUCAUCAGAGGAGGAAGCUUCCAGCGCCUCCACUGAAAGAAAAAUUGGAGCCAGAGCAGCAGGUGAAAGUAUUUCGGCCAUAGUGACAGUCAACAGCACAACGAGUCCCUCAGGGCC